UCGUAAGUGACCAUCAAACAACGUUGGGCACUUGGGCUGCUUUCUGCAGUAAGCCGAUAGAGAAAAAGCACAUUGAAUUUCCCUCUCUCUGUUAAACAAAAUCUUGGAACUUCAUAUUGCGGAAUUGGAAAACUUUCCAAUAUCAGUAUAUUUUAGUCAAUAUGCCACCUGCCGUGGAAACAGUGCCAGUCGCUGGUGAAACGAACUUGUCUGAAAACUCCUCCUCAAAGCCGACAGUAGGCAUCAUCUAUCCGCCACCAGAAGUCAGAAAUAUUGUGGACAAGACUGCCAGCUUUGUUGCAAGAAAUGGAUUGGAGUUCGAAGCACGUAUUAGGAAAAAUGAGCUGAAUAACCCAAAGUUCAACUUUCUCAAUACUGGAGACCCAUAUCAUGCAUACUAUCAGUACAAAGUCAAAGAUAUUAGAGAAGGAAAACUUGCUGAAGCUCUACCGGUAGCAACUCCAGCAACGCCAGCCCCAACUCCAGCAGGGAAACCCCCACCGUCAGCACCCACAUCAGCUCCAGCUUCACUGGCUCAGCAGCAGAAACAGCAAGAAAUUUUGAAGCAAUUCCAGCAAGAAGCUCCUGUAAUCCCAAAAGAACCACCACCAGAGUUUGAAUUCAUUGUUGAUCCUCCAUCAAUCUCAGCUAUGGAAUUAGAUAUUGUGAAACUCACUGCCCAGUUUGUAGCCAGGAAUGGUCGUCAAUUUCUCACCAGCCUUAUGAAUCGUGAGGCUAGAAAUUACCAAUUUGACUUUUUACGUCCUCAGCACUCGCUUUUUCAGUAUUUUACUCGUUUGUUAGAGCAGUAUACUAAGGUUCUAAUCCCUCCUAAAGACUUGAUGGCACGUUUGAACGAGGGUUGCACUAACCCAAACAUAGUCUUGCAAGAAGUUAAACGGCGAGCUGAUUGGCAGCGUCACCAAGAAGCCCAGAAGCGUCGUGAGGAAGAAGAAGCUGAAAGAGAACGCGUGUCUUACGCGCAAAUUGAUUGGCAUGACUUUGUAGUAGUCGAAUCAGUGGACUAUCAACCGUUUGAAAUUGGAAACUUUCCUCCUCCUACGACGCCGGAAGAGGUAGGAGCUAGAAUUCUGCUCCAAGAGCGCUACGAAGAAGGACAAGAUGUUGAAAUGCAAUUGGAGAGUGAAGAAGAAGAUGAAGACGAAGAAGAUUCCGAUGGGGAACAGGCAAAGCCACCACCACCCCCCGGCGCACCACCUUCUCUGUCAUUCAAGGGAGACGGGCAGCAGCCUCCACCAGUUGCCCCAUCCGCAGAAAACGUCAUCGUGCGUAAGGACUACAACCCCAAGGCCGUGGCUAAACCACAAGCCCGUCCACCUGCUCCAGACGAAUACCUCAUCUCGCCUAUCACUGGAGAACGAAUUCCUGCUAGCCAAGUGGCUGAGCACAUGCGAAUCGGUUUACUUGAUCCACGUUGGUUGGAGCAGCGUGAUCGGCAGAUGCAAGAAAAGAUGACACAAGAGUCUGUCUACGCACCCGGCUCGGCUAUCGAAAACAGCCUACGCGCUUUGGCUGAACGCCGUACAGAUAUUUUUGGUGUUGGUGACGAGGAAACAGCCAUCGGUAAAAAGAUUGGUGAAGAAGAACGUCGCAAAGACGAGGCAAAAUGGGAAGGACAAUCGCCUGCACCGCCACCAGCCGCUGGUGAGGGAGGAUCAACAUUUCAAUCUCGACCAGGUCCUCCUGCUGGACUGGUCACGAUUCAAGAACAGAUUGCCCAGAUCCAUAAGAACAAGGCACUUAUGAGCGGCAUCAGCGAGGAAGAAGACGGACUGGGAUCAAAUGGUGUCGUAGCCGCUGCUCCACCCAAACCUCCUCAGCAGUUGAUGAGCAUUCCACCAAGACCACCGGUGAUGAUGUCUGCUCCACAACCACCCCCAAUGAUGAUGAUGUCGAUUCCUCAACCCCCUAUGCCCAUGCCAAUGGUCCCUCAGAAUUCUUUCCUUCCGAUGCCGCAGUCAAUGGGUAUGAUGCAAGGACAAGGUGGUCGAGAUGUCAUGGAGGAGGAGCCUCCUUCCAAACGGCAACGCAACGAAGAUCAACUUAUGCCCGAAGAAGCCUUUUUGGUCAGAUAUCCCGGCCUGCUUCACUUCCACAUUGGCGCGCCAGUUUACGCCGAAAAACCCGAGUGGAAAUUGCAGGGUCAACAACUCAGUUUUUCCUUGUUGCCCACGGAACAGAUUGCUGUUGUUAAGCAAAAGAUUAGUGAAGCAACCGGAAUGCCGCCAGCCAAGCAAAAGCUGUUUUGGGAGGGGCUUUAUUUCAAGGACAAUCAUUCGCUGGCAUUUUACAACGUCACCCCUGAUGCUGUUGUCCAGCUUCAGGUGAAAGAACGAGGCGGUCGUAAGAAGUAACAUUUUUUUGGAAAGCCCUAAAACUUCAAGAAACCUCAUUUACAUCAGAAACGUACCUUGGGGAAAAUUGCGUAAUCGGAAAGAAUUUUUUACAGCCAUUUUGUUUCUCGUCUACAAUGUCAACGAUUCCUUCUUGGUCUCAGAAGCGAAAAUAUAUUCAUUUUCUUUCUACCCCCA